CCAUCCCAUCCCCCCCCCCGGGGAAUCCGCUCGUCGCUGGUUUUCUUCCGAUUUGGCUACAAUCUUUGCUCUCUCUCUCCCCGACGGCGAAUCUCCGGCAACUCUCUACGUCAACUGGGGAAUGGAGAGAAAAGAGAAAUUGAAUAACUUCAUAGUUGGGGAUCUGCCAACUUUGAUAUACAUCCCUGACUUUAUCACAGAUUCUGAGCAAGCCCAGCUACUAAAUAAUAUUUACCAAGCACCUGUAUCAAAAUGGAAAUCUUUGAAGAAUAGGAGACUACAGAAUUGGGGUGGUGUUGUCCACGAAAAGGGUCUUCUGCCACAAGAUCUGCCACCUUGGCUAGCAAAGAUUACAAAAAGAAUAUAUGAACGAUCAGGACUUUUUCCGUCUGCAAUCAAUCAUGUUCUUAUCAAUGAAUACCUUUGUAAUCAAGGAAUUAUGCCACAUCAGGAUGGGCCCGCUUAUUAUCCCGUUGUAGCAAUUUUAUCUCUAGGAUCACCUGUUGUUAUGGACUUCACUCCUCAUUCAAGAUUUCAGUCAUGCAAAAGAACAUUGAAGGAAAAUGUUGGAGAUAAAAUUUCUAACGGAGGGGCUGUGGCAAUUGAAGCAAAUGAUGGGAGCGAUAAUAACCGCCCCUUUUCUGUGCUGUUGAUGCCUUGCAGUUUACUGAUCUUCAAGGAUGAUGCAUAUUCAGAUUACUUGCAUGGCAUUGAAGAUAGCGAGGUACAUCGGUUUGAUCUGUCAUCUUUGCAGGCUGUAAACGAAAUUGACUCUUUGUCCUUGUCAAGCUCAGGCCAAGCAGAAGUGAUGAGAAGUGACAAUGCCAAGAUUGUGAGUAGAACUGCGAACAGAAUUUCUCUUACAUGUCGACUAGUAUUGAAGGUUCAUAAAAACUUGUUCAAGUUUUAAAAUUUCGUCUUAACCGUUUCUAACUUCUAGCUAAGAUUGAAAGUUGGUGUAUUUAGAUGAGCAUCUGAUUACACAAACUGCUUUCAUGAGGUGGCAUAAAUGUUUAUACACUUGAUUGGUUUUUCUUUGUUGGGCUGGAGAGGUGUGCAAGGUUCGCGUUACCUAUCUAGGCCCAAUUGUGUUAUUAUGUUAAAAAAUAUAUAUUUUAUUUAAUUUUGAUUUUCAA